UUCUGUACAAAUGUUAUCGAAGACACAACCCUGAUAUUAGAAAAUAAACAAAAAAUGGCAGGACUUGGUGUAAAAAGUUGGAAUUAUGUUUCAGGCGUUCCAGAGACAGACGACCAACAAAGGCUACGGUUCCAAAUAGAACUAGAAUUCGUACAGUGUUUAGGAAACCCAAAUUACUUAAAUUUCCUAGCUCAAAGAGGAUACUUCAAAAACCCAACAUUCAUAAAUUAUUUAAAGUAUUUGCUGUAUUGGAAAGAUCCAGAAUAUGCGAAAUAUCUGAAGUACCCAAUGUGUCUGUAUUUUCUCGAUUUACUUCAAUACGAGCACUUCCGGCGAGAGUUAGUCAACGCUCAAUGCACUAAGUUUAUUGACGAUCAACAAAUUUUGUUGUGGCAACAUUAUACAAGAAGAAGGAGUAGAUUAAUGACUAGUGCUGCAAAUAAUGGUGUAACAACGGAACAAGCUUCUAAUGCACAGCCGAGCAAUCCACAACAAAACGGACAUAUGAACCCCAAAAUACCAUAGUAGACAGUACUGUGGUGUUAUAAGAAGCUGUUUACUUCCUAAACUUCAUAUUUUUAAGAACUGUAAAUAUUUUUAGAAGUGGGAAAGAGGCUUAAUAACCCAAGCUCGAAAUUUGGAAACAAUAAUGUUGGACUGUUUCUUAAAAACAAUAUAAUGUAAUGAAGAAGUAUUGCAGAGAGAAAAAUAAA